CCAUUCUCCAUUUCAGCUCGUGCUUAUUUCGUGCAGUCUACAAUUCUUCAUACAGCUGAAUCAAAAUCUCAACAAUGCAGGCCGCAGCACGUUGUCAGGGCGGACUGCAUCUCAAACUCCGGGGCUCAGCAGGCGCUUCUUUGAAUGCAGACCGGUCAAUAAAUGGUCAGGACAGGUGUCUGCGCACAGCACAGCUUCCAAGGUCAAGCUUGGGCCGCUCCUUCUAUGAGCAGAGUUCGCUUGUUCGUGGGGCUCCCGUUUGGCAGGCCCCGUUGAGGAGGGCUCGGACGUCCCCAAUAGCGGGCAGCGGCAAGGGCUUCGGACAGCCAUCGUCGAACCGGAGUGGGGGAACAAAAGAACAAGAGGCCAUCAAGCAGGCCCGCAACUACCAACUAGAAGCGACACAAUUGUUGGCGCAGCUGCUACAGGCCAAGGACCUUCAGGCCACGGCGCGUGAAAACGUGCACGCUCUUUCCGAAGAGUUCUUCAUGAUUGCGUCCACAUACCUAGACUUGGCGAAGAAGGAGGGCAACGCUGAAGUCGUGAAUCAGCUCGAGAGUACUCUCAAGGUGGCUCUUGCUGAAAAAGAGAAGACGCUACGGCCUGAGAUUCGGUUGCUGAAUAGGUUGCUCCGGGAGAAGAACUCCUCCGGCAGAAAUGCAAUUUUCCAAGAAGACCUCUCGCUUUUACAGUCAGAAGAUGGUUACUUUGCGGGUCUCGUCAAGAGAAUGCUUGGCGAUGUCGAGCGGCAACCAGAGAACCCGCGGAAAGGGGAGUUGCUAAGGAAGCUAAAGGAUAUAAAGCAGGAGAUGAAGGAGCUAUCCAGGACGAAGAAGUGAUACAUGGCCGGUUGAUCAUGGAAAGUUUGAACUGAUGCAGCACGCAUAGUGUCGACAACUCCUAUGUUCCAUAUCUGGUGAAAUGUGAGUCACUGUAGC